AUGUCGGUAGGGGAGUAUCAAGGUAGUCGAGAGGAUGGUGUGGGACUGUUGGUUUAUCUCUCGGUGUCACUUCUUGGAGAGCUGGUCAGUGUUUAUGAUUGUGAUUUUCCCAUCAUCACCACCGACCAACUCCCUCUGCCUGCGACCACUCCCAACUCUAUGAGAUUUCCGCUACUCAAGGCUGGAUGGGGCAGGCCCCAAAGCCUUCAUGGUCAGGCAGGGCAACACCCGUCUGCCAAUUCUCAAUCUCGGCUGGCUGCGGAGGAAGGGGAAGAUCUUGCAGGUGGAGAGGAAGAUGAAGGUUGUCCGCUGACAGCAAGGAAGAGAGGCCGGCCCAAGACAUCUACUGCCAAUGCUUGGAAGAGAGCCGCAGCCGCUCUGCAAGAAAGAGGGGACAACAUUCAGGCGGGGGGCAAGCGGCGAUAUGUGUGCAAAGCGCUGCAACAAGCAAGGUCAUAG